AUGGCUGCUCCGCCUCAAUAUCUGGAUCAAUACGAGAAUCCAUACUUCCUGCACAGCUUCCGAUCAUGCCGGAUUGAUUCUCGUCUCCGAUCGUCUUCAAUCUGUGCUGACUUCCACUCAUGGCGUCGCUCUGUUCGGAUGGCGUUGAAUGUUCGGAAUAAACUGGGUUUCAUCGAUGGAACAUUCCGAAACCUCCUGCAGAUCAUCGCGAUGCCGGCUCUUGGUCACGCUAAUAUCCUAGCUAGAUUCAAGCAAGAUGAUGCUCCUCGUGUUUUUGAGAUUGAACAACGUUUAGGAUGCUUGCAACAAGGCUCUAUGGAUGUUAGUAGCUUCUAUACCGAAUUGAUGACUCUUUGGGAAGAGUACAAGAAUUAUAUUGAGCUUCCUGUGUGCACUUGUGGUCGCUGUGAAUGUAAUGCUGGCUGCUUUAUGGGAAUCGUUGCAACAACGGAGCAGAGUUAUGAAGUUCUUGAUGGGAUUGAAUGA